AACAUGUUCACCGGCAUUGUUGAGAUCAUCGGCACUGUAUCGAAGCUCGUCGAACUCGAUGACUCCUCCAGCGGCGGCGGCGGCACCUCCUUGACCAUCAGCGGUGCUGCUGAGAUCUUGGGCGAUUGCAAUCUGGGAGACAGUAUCAGCAUCAAUGGAACGUGCUUGACUGUCACCGAGUUCAGCAAGGAUGACUUCAAGGUUGGCGUGGCGCCGGAAACAUUGAGACGCACGAAUCUAGGCAAGCUCAAAGAGGGCAGCGGUGUCAAUCUGGAGCGUGCCGUGAGUGCGAGCACGAGGAUGGGAGGUCAUUUUGUGCAGGGUCAUGUGGAUACCGUGGCCACUAUUGCCGAAAAGAGACCAGACGGGAAUGCUGUCACAUUCCGCUUGGCGCCCAAGGACAAGAGUGUCUUGCGGUAUGUGGUUGAGAAGGGAUACGUCACACUCGAUGGAGCGUCUCUGACCGUGACGGAAGUGAAUGAUGCCGAAGGCUGGUGGGAGAUUAUGCUGAUUGCUUACACUCAAGAGAAGGUGGUCAUGGCCAAGAAAGAGAAGGGGGAGGAUGUCAAUGUUGAGGUCGACAUGGUUGGUAAAUAUGUGGAGAAGAGCGUGGCAGCAUAUUUCGAGGGCAGCGCAGGCAAUGGAGGCGCCAUGUUGGAAAAGAUGGUGUCGAAUAUUCUGGAUCAAAAGCUCAAGGCCUCCAGGUAG